AUGGGUCGCAGCUAUAUUGUUGAAGAGGAUGUAGAGGGAUAUUUGUCCAAACUGUGCUCACAGCUCACAGGUCCAGUUACAGGGCUGCUUAUUGGACAGAGCUUGGUUAAAAGGGAUUUUAUCGUCAUGGCAACAAGGACACCCCAAAAUGAGUCUGCUGAUGCUGGAAAGUCAGUGGACAAGGAGUGGGUGUCUGAGCAUGCAAGACAGGUAUCCAGGAUGCUGCCUGGAGGCCUGUCUGUGUUGGGAGUUUUUAUGGUCAGUGAGAGUGAUGCCAAGGACACUCUAACCACCCUCCGACAGUUGCUGUUUUCAGUGGAGAACCUGAUCUCCUCCGAGCAGCUCUGGAUGCCUGCUGGAGAUGAUGUAACAGACUGCGUCACGCUCCACAUCAACCCCAAAACCAGAAAAACUGUCUGCAGAACCUUUGAUGUCAAAGACCCAAAGAGUGUUGCCAAGCCCGCCGAUUGGAAGUACCAAUCAGGCGUGUGUUCUUCUUGGGCUACGGUGUCCUGUUGGCUGAAUAUAGACCUGUUGGUACCACUCCCAGGCAGCAUAACCUGCACUAAACCUGUGGAUGACUGUCUUAAGGAGGAGCUGAAAGUUUGGGCGCAGCAGAUUGAGAGGGGAGUUUGUCUAAUAGAAGGAAAGAAGCUGCCGGAAGAUUCGGAGAUCAAAACGGGACAGAAAAAGAAUGUGAGACAGACCUACACAGCUCAGUUGCUCAUCACACCGGAUGGGCAGAUGGUCCCAGAUGUGGUCCAGCAGUGUGGAGGCAGUUUGUCUGUCAGAGGCGCGAUCCAUAGCAGAGCUUUCUUACACAGCAACAAACCCAAAGCUAAACUGGCUGAGAAGCUGUUGAAGAGAGAUAUAAUUUCUACGGUGGCCACAAGAGUUCAGAUGCUGCUGGAGGAGCCGCAGACACAAACCGAGGAGAACAAAGAGAGAAAACAGACAGAGCAGUUCUGCCUCCCUCGUCGUGUCUUCUGUCCAGUAAAAGCCACCAGCCCACUGUGUGUGUGCGACUACCAGUUUAGUGAUGAGGGAUUGUCGGAAAUGACAGAUCGGUUUAAGGAGAUGUUGGACAUAGAGGCAACUGAAGCAGACUUGGACAUUACACAGGAAUUGAUCACCGAAGUCAUAGAGAGCAACGCUAAAGAAGAGUCAUUAAUGGAAGAAGCUGAGCCGCCGCAUCCCUGGAGGAACAACUACAUAGGUGUUGCCAUGGCUACCGCUGUCGCCCUGCUGGCCUCGGCUGCAUCGAUGCUGUAUCUCAGUGAUGCUUGAAGCAUUGUCCAAGUCUUAAAUUUAAAGAUAUUGUGUUAAUAUCUUAGGUUUUAACACAAAUGAUAUUUUGUUAAAACCUUCUGCCUGAAUCAGAAAUCCAAUAUAGAGUUUUAGAAAAG